AUGCAUCGACUUUUUGCUGAGCUGGAGCCAUCUGUAACCGUCACAGAGCAAAACCUGGCAGACCGAGUUCGGCAUAUCUUGCGCUCAAAUAUAUUUGAUGUCGCCGAACUCGAACGGCUACGACGUGAGGCUGUUCCCUCGUCGGGUGAGAAUGCUGCGGCUGAGGAUGCGGCGCCACAACUUGCAGAGCAAACGGCAAAUGUGGAUGCCGCCGUGAAUACCCCAGUUGUGGUUGAUUCAAACGAUGAUGGAACAGUCGCCCAGGAACUGGAACUAGAGCAUAUGAGGAGUACAUUGGAAGAGGCGAUUGUGGAAACGCGCAGUACGACUCUCGAAAAUCGACCGCGACUUCCCCGCAUAGCCCUAAGCAAGCGGAAUCGGGCUGUCGUGAGGGCUCUGAACCCAAUGCUGGUGACCUAUUUGGAAGCCAGCCGGGACCUUUGCGAGACGGACUCAAUUCUUUUUGGCGCCGCGCUGGCAGUCUGCCGUAUUAUAGGUGCCAAGCUUUCCACGGCUGGACGCGCUACUGGACAAAGUAGCGCUAUCCCAGCAUGGAGAAGAAGAAUUGAGGAAUGUAUCGCAAAGGCUAGAGCUCUCAUCGGCAGACUGAUAUGCUUCAGAUCAGGAGGCCAAGAAUUGUGCGCACCGUCAGGAUGGCGUUUGCUGGGACAAAUGUCAGUUUGUCCCAGCCGGAUAUAA